AUGGAAGGACAGAGGGCACCUGUGUCCAAUGAGUCCCCAACUCGCAAGUAUGCGGAUCCAGACAGCGACCAGCCCUUGAACCGCCGAGGUGCCUCCCCACUGCACAAAGGCCGCAGCCCCCUGGAGGCUUUCAAAAAGGUGGGCGUCCCCAUCAUCGCGGCGCUGCUGAGCCUGGCGACCAUCGUCAUCGUGGCCGUCCUUAUCAAGGUGAUUCUGGACAAGCACUACUUCCUCUGCCCGCCCUUGCGCUUCAUCCCCCGGAGGCUGGUGUGUGACGGGCAGCGGGACUGCGCCUCGGGGGAGGACGAGCAGAGCUGCGUUGAGACCUUCCCCAGCGACAACAGUCCUUCUGUGGCAGCAGUCCGCCUCUCCAAGGACCACUCCACCCUGCAGGUGCUGGAUGCCCCCACGGGCAACUGGGUCUCCGUCUGCUUCGACAACUUCACAGAAGCUCUGGCCAGGACAGCCUGUGGGCAGAUGGGCUAUGACAGCAAACCCACCUUCCGAGCCGUGCAGAUUGGCCCCGACCAGGAUCUGGAUGUCGUGAGCGUCACAGGGGACCACGGGGAACUGCAGGUGGGAAAUUCCAGCGGACCCUGCAUCUCGGGCUCCCUGGUGUCCCUGCAGUGCCUGGCCUGUGGGGAGAGUCUGAAGGCCCCCCGCGUGGUGGGCGGGGAGAAGGCCUCGGUGGACUCUUGGCCCUGGCAGGUCAGCAUUCAGUACGACAAGCAACACAUCUGCGGAGGGAGCGUCCUGGACCCCCACUGGAUCCUCACGGCCGCCCACUGCUUUCGGAAGCAUCUCGAUGUGUCCAACUGGAGGGUGCGGGCCGGCUCGGACCAGCUGGGUAACUUUCCCUCCCUGCCGGUGGCCAAGAUCCUCGUCAUCCCGCACAACUCCACGUACCCCAAAGAAAAGGACAUUGCCCUGGUGAAGCUGCAGGCCCCCCUCAUCUUCUCAGGCACAGUCAGGCCCAUCUGCCUGCCUUUCUUUGACGAGGAGCUCAGCCCCGGCACCCCGCUCUGGGUCAUCGGAUGGGGCUUUACAGAGCAAGAUGGAGGGAAGAUGUCUGAUUCGCUACUACAGGCAUCAGUCAAGGUGAUUGACAGCACGCGGUGUAAUGCCGAAGAUGCAUACCAGGGGGAAGUUACUGAGAAGAUGCUGUGUGCGGGCAUCCUGGAGGGCGGCGUGGACACCUGCCAGGGAGACAGCGGGGGCCCCCUGAUGUACCACUCUGAGCAGUGGCAGGUGGUGGGCAUCGUGAGCUGGGGCCACGGCUGUGGGGGCCCGAGCACCCCUGGAGUGUACACCAAGGUCACGGCGUAUCUCGACUGGAUCUACAGCGCCCGGAAGUCUGUGCCAUGAUGCCGCACUGGACACAGCGUCCCCCUGCCCAGGCCACCUGGGGACAGACCCUCCCCUCGAAUCACCCACAGACCAAGGGCCACUGUGGCCCCAUUCUGCCCACAGCCUCAGGAUUACGUAGCGUGACAAAAGACUCCUGGAAGAGACCCCCCCAGCCCAUGGGCACCCUAGAACAAGGGUACGGCCUGGCCUCGCCACCCCCAGCUGAAGUGCCACGAGGUAGAAGACACACAGCCCCCCUGAACCAGGAAGCCCUCCGUCGGGGGACUCGAAAACGCGGCUAAGCCAAGAAGGACUUUGGCCUUAGCUGGGUCAAAGGAGACUCUCGGUUGAGGCACACAGGGCAGGCCCGGAGGGAGGAUCUGUGCCACUGUCCCCUCCUCCCCCCAGCCCCGGCCUGACUGAGUGCAAACCCAGUGGAACUGGGGCUGUGUGUCCACCCGCUACUGUGGACAGUAGCCACGGCUAUUAAACAGGUGUCAUGUCUGACCCGGGCUGACUGUGUGCUUAGAGCCAAGGAGGGUCUGGGGAGAGAUAUCAAGGGGCCGGAGUGCACGGACUUCACGCAGGAGCCCCUUGAGCACUGCUCAGAGCAGCUCCCGAGCACCCCAGAUUGUGGCCCCCUGCAAAACCCAGAAAGAAAAAGAAAGAGCAGAGCUAGGGGGAAGUGGACCCCAUCUGAGCCCAUAGACUGGCCAAGUAGUGGCAGAGGGGAAAGGAGACACGGAGAUCAGAGCUGAGAAGCAGGGCAAC